GUGUUUGUAAUCCGUUUUUACCUCUUUGAACGUGUUAUAUUUAUGGUGUAUUUCAGGAAUGGCAAUAUCGAAACAUAUUUCCUUAGCUAAUUAUGAUGUGGCCCUAGUUCUAAUGUCAUUAGAUUAGAUUGUUAGCUGUCUGGUGAGCUGUCUGGUUUUAACAGUAAUAAGGGCAGAGUGGUGUACAGCACAGAUCUCUACUGCUCCUCGGUCAUCUGUAGCGUCGUAUGUUGGGAAAUAAGACACGGGGAUGGCUCAGGAUGGCAAGGUCCUGGCUCUGGGAGUUCUGGCUGGUGCUGCAGGGAUCAGCUUGGCAGCUUUUUGGUACCAGAGCCGGAAAGCCACGGUGGGGGUGGCAGGGACAAGUACCUACUAUCUGUCAAGCAGCAGAAAUGCAGACCAGUUUGGAGGUGGCGUGGCAUUGCAAGCAGGUCAGACGGAGGUGCUGGAUCGGCUCGGGGCUCUGAUUCAGUGUGUGUCAGAGCUAAAAGAGGAGGUGAAGGCCUUGAAGAAUGCUCUUCCACACCUGCAGGACCACAUCAGAGAUGAGUUAUCAGGGCGGAGUCGUAAGGCAAGUCCACUGAAUAGAACUACGCCCAUAAGGAGGAAGAGAGCCAGCGGAGUGGCCAGAGCACAGGGACAGAGUUCAGAGGAAGCAGAAAGCGAAGGAGGAUAUAUCACAGCUUUGACAGACACUGAAGAGGAGGAUGAGAGUGAAGAAGAUCUCAAAGUUGUCGAGCCGCUGGAUGAGCUCACGGUCCUGUUGCAGAGAGCAGAUGGGCUGCAUACUUGUAAUGGAGCUGAAAAGAAAGACGGCUUGUCUGCUCUACUGGAAAGGAAAGACGAGUAUGACCAAACGUGGCAGUACCUGUGGCGGUUAACCAGAGCCUAUGCUGAUGCUCAUGACCUGGCUGCAGACCUUCAAGAGAAGAAGAGAUAUGCUGAAACAGGGAAGCAAAUUGGAGAGCAAGCCAUUUCGGUGAAUCCAAUGUGUGCUGAAAGUCAUCAGUGGUAUGCCAUUCUAUGUGGACUUCUGUCAGACUAUGAAUCUAUCCAGAAUAAGAUAAAGAAUGGCUAUCUCUUCAAGGAUCAUUUGGAUAGAGCCAUUGAGCUGAAGCCACAGGAUCCGUUGUCUUAUUACCUGCUGGGCCGCUGGUGCUAUGCUGUAGCCCAGUGUACAUGGAUUGAGAGGAAAAUUGCUGCUACAUUGUUUGGAGAGCCUCCGAGCGCAACAGUCCAUGAUGCCCUGCAGAACUUCCUUAAGGCAGAGGAGAUCUGUCCAAAGUACUCUAAAUACAACUAUGUGUUUUUAGCAAAGUGCUAUAAAGACUUGGGCCAGAACAACCAAGCCAAGCUGAUGUGUGAUGCUGCAUCUGAUAUGAAAACAAUAACUAAAGAGGACGAGGAAGCACAAAAGGAGCUGGACUCUCUUCUCUUGUCACUUUAGUCAGAAACAGAAUCCACAGACUCUGUCACCUCUACUUUUACGGCACAGUUGUGACGAUGGACUCAAGUUGUGACCAUAUAACUGUUAUUUUGAAUUUCUCUAAUUUUUCUGCUGAAUGUAAAAGACUAGCACAUUAAAUACAACUGAACUUUAAUCAGAAAUAAUGUGCAGCAGGACAUAUGCCACAAACUAUGAGGCAAUAUAUCAUGCUUCAAUUUAUUACAGAUCAAAGUUCACUUGUGACCAUAUGACUGUGAUUUUGGUAUCCUUCCAGCAUUAUGCUGACUGGAGAUGACGCAGUAUUUAAGGACGACUGAACUUUAAUGGAGCAUGAUCUUUUGCCUCAUAGUUUGUUACAUAGGUCAUGUUAACACAAGUCAUGCCUUAAAGGUCUCCUAAAUUAAUAUUACUCCCCAUACGGUUGUGGACAAAUCAUAAAUGUCUUAGCUAGUCCACUGUAAGAGUAAAAGCUCCAGUGUCCUUCCCAGUCCCAGGCUUUUGUGGCCUGGAAAACUGACUAGGCUAAAAAGUGGUAGCUAAUAGCAUAGGAGCUUGUUCGCUAGGUGUGUGUGUGUAUAUAUAAUAUAUAUAUAUUGUGUGUGUAUGUAUGUAUGUAUGUAUAUACACACACACACACACACACACACGUGUGUGUAUAUAUGUGUGUGUGUGUGCAUAUUUUAUAUAUAUACUUAAGGAAAUGAAAGCAUCUAUUAUUAUUAUCCUUUUUCUAAUGUAGCACACCAUGUGUGCACCUUCAACACAAAAAAACAAGUCUAUUAGAUGUGACAUUCUCUCAUGGCAUUCAGUAUAGUAUAGUUUAAUUGGAGUGUGUGGCUCUGAUUCAGAAAAGACUUCCAUUCAUCCAUGCACUAACCUGCAUAGUAAAAACCACCUAGUAAAGAUCAGCUGGAUCACAUCUCUGUCGAUUGUGUGUAAUGCAGCGGGUGGUAGGAUUUUGAUGUAUCCAUUAUAGUUACAGCAUUGAGACUUGUAGCACCACCAUUCAGCACAAACACAGCUACAUACUGAAUGAAACUUUCAUUUUGUGAAAACCCGUAAGGGAUAGGUUUUUUUUUCUUUCUUUCUCUAAAUGUUGAACCCACUUGUCCACCCUACCCAACCAGAGCAAUGUACAACAUACUCAGAGCAGCAGUUGGGGGAUUAGAUGCCUUGGGCACUUCAGCCAUUCCUGCUGGUCCACGGAAUCAAACCAGCGACCUUUUGGUCCCAAAGCUGCUUCUCUAACCAUUAUGCCAUGUUAGACCUGUUUAUGCAUUCUAAGCACAGUACUGCAUUUUAGUCAAUUAUAUUUUGAUAUUCAUGUUUGUACUACAGAGCUACACAUCACCAGUAGAUUAAUAGAACACUAAUACCAUGGCAGGGUACGUUUUCUCGUUCCUCUUUUCUUGACCUUAUGGCCAGUGUUCAGUGUAAUUCAAUGCAGUUCAUUGUAUAUUAGCUUCCACCACCUCUAUUCUUUCUUCUCUAUUUCUGCCCUACAUUUUCACACAGGUCUAAUGGUUCUCACUUUUUUAAUCCUUGAAAGACUAUCAAAUUUAUUUGGGAGUAUAUUAGAUCUGUUUUGCAGAUUUUCAUUUCUUAAUGUGUUUCUCCAUUUGCGCUUAUAUCUGCAUCGCUGUCUCAACAAACUGAUUACUGUGUCAAGAAAAUGCUGAAUUAUCUUAUUCUGGUUUUGUUUUUCUUGUACCAGGAAGGUACUGGUUCACAAUGUUUAUACACAGUAAUAAUUUUAGCUUUGUCUUGUAAAAUAAAUAUUGAAAGGAGCUGAUGCUAUUAUAUUUUAGCCGGUUUCACUUGGGGGUGAAGGGAAUUGUUUUUCCAAAGGUUUUUUUGUUCAUUCUGCGUAUAAUGUUCAAUGCUUUUUAAAAAAUAUAUAUAAAACUGUACAUAAUGUGCAUACAAUCAUUCUUGAGGGGGACAUUAAUCAUAAUCGUAAAAUAUGACAUCUGUAAAACUUUUGGACAUUGAUGAAAUUCUGCUGUUCUUGAUCUGGAGACUCUUUUGUAUCUAAAUAAUGAAGGACAUCAUAUAUGGUCCCAGUUUUGAGUAUAGGCUGUAUGUAUAAGUGUUAACAUAAAUAUGAUGAUGUAGAAAAGCUCCUGUAUGUAUGCCUAAUUAAAACUGACUCUUUACAGCUAAUCAGUUCCACUAAAAGUGCAGAUGAGAGAAGAAUUGUUGGCAGGCCUCUGUCAGAAACCAAAAGCCACAUACACUUAUUCCACACAAUAAAUUUGCUACUUUUACAGAACAAUUAAGCACUGAUGAGAAUUACUGUUUGCUUUAGUACAACAUUUAUUGCAUUCCAUUAUCAAGUGUAGUGAAAUAGAACCAAUAAUAGAAUAUUAAUAAUUGAACAUUUUUAGAAUAAAUAUUUUGAAUUAAAAAUUUUUAAAAUCAUUUCUCCUCAAACAUUGUCACAGCUUCUGUUUUGGGAACUGGAUAUUAAAAUGUAUUGCUUAGUGCACAUGAAAUUUGUGUGAGAAUCCUUUUAAUUUUUUUUUCCCGUUUUUGUAUAUUUUUCAGUUUUACCAAAGAAAGGGAGGAGUGUGUGAGUAUCAUGUGAUAACAUGGGAAUGGGAGGUAGUUUUCUUUCUUUUGUUUUUCUUUUAUUCAUUUGUUAAGUGUGUGUCUUGUAGUCCAGCAACAGCAAUGUAUAUUUAAUUGUAGAUUAUUCUAUAUGAACUCUGGAAUAUAUUUGUAAAAUGUGAACCAGUGGCAGCCCAUGUUGUUGAGUUAAAAAUUGCACACCAUAAUUGUACGUACGUACACACACACACACACACACACAUAAAUAAAUGGAAAAAAAAAUUAUUUUUAUAUAUAUAUAUAUAUAUAUAUAUAUAUAUAUAUAUAUAUAUAUAUAUAUAUAUAUAUAUACACACACUACAUAUUGCUAGGGUGGCAUGGUGGUGUAGUGGUUAGCACUGUUGCCUCACAGCAAGAAGGUCUGGGUUCGAGCCCCAUGGCUGGCGAGGGCCUUUCUGUGAGGAGUUUGCAUGUUCUCCCCGUGUCUGCAUGGGUUUCCUCCGGGUGCUCCGGUUUCCUCCACAGUCUCAAGACAUGCAGGUUAGGCUAAUUGAUGGCUCUAAAUUGACCAUGGGUGUGAAUGGUUGUUUGUCUCUAUGUGCCAGCCCUGCGAUGACUUGUCCAGGGUGUACACCGCCUCCCACCCAUAGUCAGCUGGGAUAGGCUCCAGCUUGCCUGUGACCCUGCACAGAAUAAGCAGCUACAGAUAAUGGAUGGAUAUUGCUAUAUUACAGUGUUAUUAAUUGCAUUGAACUAUAUGAAUGUAAUGUGAGUUGGAUGAAUAAAUUGUUAGAUUGUAUUUGA